AUGGGCAAUUUCUUUGCUAGUAUUCCACUAGCAAAACGAUUGGGAGUUCACAAUAUUAUCUUGAUAGGAACAUUACGCAGAAAUAAGCCCGAAAUACCCGUAGAAUUUCUCUCAAAUAAAAAUCAUCCAGUUGGCUCUGCAAUGUUCGGUUUCAACGACAAUCUCACACUAGUUUCAUAUGUUCCAAAGAUAAAUAAAGCUGUUUUGUUGCUCUCAUCGAAACAUCAUGACCACAAAGUAGACUCAACAAAUGGAAAGCCACACAUUAUCUUGGAUUAUAAUAAAACCAAAGGUGCUUUUGAUACUGUUGAUCAGAUGUGCCAUAAAUAUUCCACAAGAAGAGGCACAAAACGAUGGCCUCUCUGUGUCUUUUAUAAUAUGUUAGACAUUGCUGCUCUAAAUGCUCUGAUCAUAUGGAAGGAAAAGAAUCCAGAUUGGAACAAGAAUAAAAAAUACAAGCGUCGCUUAUUUCUUGAAGAAUUAGGAAUAAGUUUAGCGGCUCGUCUUCUUGAUAUUCGUUCACAAACUUUGAAGUUCUUGCACAAAGAUGUUCAAAGUGCAUUAGCUGUUAUGGGUUAUUCUAAGGUGGAGAAAACAUCACAAGAAUUAAAUGAAACCUUCACGAACUUAAAAAGAAAACGAUGUUUACUUUGUGACCGUACCAAAGACAAAAAGACUCUGAACAAGUGUUACAAAUGUUCCGAACCCGUUUGUAAUGAGCAUUGUGUGAAAUGA